AUGACCAAAACCAAACAAGAUAGAGUAAGACCGACGUCCUUUCUUGCGAAAACAUUUGACAUGGUAAGCAAUGAAGAUUACCAUGACAUAGUUAGCUGAACCGAUGAUGGGAACUCCUUCAUAAUCAAAAAUGUGAAUGAGUUUUCAUCACGAAUCCUGCCACAAUACUUCAAACAUCGAAACCUCGCCAGUUUCAUAAGACAGUUGAAUAUGUAUGAUUUCCAUAAGGUCAAAGAUUCUGGAGAUCAUCAAAUCUUCACUCUAAGUUAAUUAUUAUAAUUAUUUUACCUUCCGCAAUGAAACUUAGCAUUUCUCGCUAUAUAUCCCAUAAAACCUUUAUAUUUUUAAACAAAAAGUAUAAAAUCUUCAGCCACCCUAAUUUUGUAAAGGGACAGAAACACCUGUUGGAACAUAUACAUAGGAAAACUUCUGAACUUUCACAAACAAUGGCUAAUACCAUUAAGAGCGCAAAUGAGGUUAUCCUGAACAGGUGCAUUCAGCUUCAAACUCAACAAGAACAAAUGCAAAACACUAUAAAUAUUUUAGAGAAAAAGUACAAAGACGCCAUCGAAGUGAACCAAAAAUUAUUGGUGGAUCUUAUCAAUUCGAGGGAAAGGGAGCAGCAAAUAAUGCAGAUGUUCCUUAACUUUUCACAAAGUGGGUAUAUGAACAGUAAUAUUAACUAA